UAGACCUCUCCCUUUACCUUCCGAAGUACUAGCGUGACUGGACUAUAUAAACGUGAACGAGAUCUGUGGCUGUCAUUGGCUCCAUAACUCCUGAGAAAAUGAUUCCAGUACAAGAGAGCUCAGCUUGUGAAGACCUGACAAUCUCAACGACAGCGUCGCCCGGGAAAGGAGUCACGUGCGUCGACGGCAAGCCUUCUUACAACGAGCUAGGCAUCUCGCUGGAAAAACCAAAGAAGCUCGACAUGGCCAUCAGAGGCGCCAGGCUGAGGACAUUCGCCCGAUUCCCCGCUGACCACCCUCUUACGGCAGACGAUCUGUCCGAGGCAGGGUUUUACUACGCUGGCAACGAAGACUGCACCCGGUGCUUCUUUUGCGGGGGAGGUCUAAAGAACUGGGACCAGACGGACAACCCGACAGUAGAGCAUGCCAGGUGGUUCCCUAAGUGUGGUUAUAUCCGUCAAUUCAAAGGCCAAGACUUUGUGGACGCUGUCCAAGCGUUGAGCACCAGAUAUGAUAAGAUCACAUACAAGAUGGUGACAGACUUUAUGGGCAUGUUAGCACCAGCCUUUCAACUCAACGAUCGAAAAGACUGUGACCCCGCCAUUAAAGCACUUAUCGAGAUGGGAUAUGAUGCCAGGUCUGUUCUCCAAGCAGCGGAGGAGCUCAUUACUGAAAAUGACUCAGCGUUAUCAUCAGAUAUAAUAUUGGACAGGAUACAACACCAUUGUUGCAAUAAACGCCAAAUAUCUCAAGUAGGCCUACCAGAUAAUUAUAAGUCAAAUACAGAAGAAUCCAUACAAGAUGUCAAGAAAAAUAAUAAAGAAAUGAGACAAUUGGCUACUUGUAAGAUUUGCUUGGACAACAGAAUAGCCGCAGUCUUCCUACCCUGUAGUCACUUUGUGUCCUGUUUAGACUGUGCCAUGGCCUUAAGACAAUGUCCGGUCUGUAGAACGACCAUUAAAGGGACAGUCCGAGCGUUCAUGAGCUGAUGAACAACGAUCUCGAUAGUAAUUUACACGUUGACCAGUAUGGACAGAAUAGGUCAAGACAGAUAAAAACAUUCCAAAUUGAUUAAUUUAACUGUCAACGCAUUAAAAUCUUGUGGUCAAAUAGGAACGUCUGUUUUAUUUUAAACUGACCAAUGAACUUGAUGAUAACCUCAUCCAACCCACCAAGAACAACCAGACCUAGCACACCAACUGAUCCAGUCUAUCAAAGUCAUAUCGACACAGUCCAUCAAAGUCAAAUCGACCCAGUCCAUCAAAGUCAAACUGACCCAGCCCAUCAAAGUCAAAUCGACCCAGCCCAUCAAAGUCAAAUCGACCCAGCCCAUCAAAUUCAAACUGACCCAGUCCAUCAAAGUCAAAUCGACCCAGUAAAUCAAAGAUAAACUGAUCUAGUCCAUCAAAGUCAAAUUGACCCAGUCCAUCAAAGUCAAAUCAACCCAGUCCAUCAAAGUAAAAUCGGAACAGUCCAUCAAAGUCAAAUCGACCCAGCACAUCAAAUUCAAACUGACCCAGUCCAUCAAAGUCAAAUCGACCCAGUCCAUCAAAGUCAAAUCGACACGGUCCAUCAAAGUCAAAUCGACCCAGCCCAUCAAAGUCAAAUUGACCCAUUCCAUCAAAGUCAAACUGACCCAGCCCAUCACCGUCAAAACGACCCAGGCCAUCAAAGACUUACUGAACUGAACUUUGUUCAUCAAAGAUGCUCCAGUCACGUUUUUUUUCCUUUGGAUCAAACUAUUAUUAUAUAUUGACUUUUUAAAAAAAAACUUUUAUAAAAAACAACAACAAACAAAAGAGUUCAAUAAGAUUAAAUCAUGUUGACUUAAAGUGUAUUUAUAAUUCCCAAAUGUUAUAAGCUACGUUAGCUAUGCUCUAUGUGAUAUCAUGUAGGCCUACAUAAAAAAGUACCAUGCUUUAUUUGAUGCUAUGUUGACUUACAAGCUGAAAGUCUAGUUGUUUAUUUGUUAUAUUUACAACUGCUAUCAAUGCAAAUGUUAUUUAUUUAUAAAUUGUAUCUAUGAUCUUUAUAUGUGGGAAAUCAUAUGAUUUUUUUAUUUAAAAAUUCAAUGAAAUUUGAAAGCUUCCACAUAAUAAUAUUAGAUUAUUAUCAUUGUUUCUAUACUCUUAUCUUUUGAAAUAGUAUUCCAAUCGAAUGAAUGAUAUUUUACCCCAUGUAUAAGCUAUUGCUUGUAUGUUGCUCUAUUUUGGAUGUGCUUCUAUCUCUAAUGUCUUUCGGAAGUUGAGACCUGCUUCGGUUGUUACAUUACAUGGUUUGUUAUUUUAAACAUGAUCUCAUUUAUAUUUGUAAGGUCAUCUCAAUUUUCUCUUUGAAAGUGAUUGAUUUUUUGCAUAUAUACAUAUAUACAUUACUGGAAAUAUAUUUAAGUAAACCUUUGGUUUAUCUGUUGCAAACUGUACUUCUGAUGUGCAAUAUUUAGACUCCUAGAGAAAAUGACAUAUUUUUUAUGUGAACAAAAAAAAAUCUGGCAUUGUGUUUUUUUUUCAUAGAGCAUGGAGCGAAUGGCUUUCGAUAAAAAAAAAAACCAAAUAUAUAUAUAUGUCUAUGCAGAGAACCUAAAAUAGCAUAUCCCUCGUUUCACGCACGCACCACAAGCAGUACACACUACAUUUCUCAAUUCUUAUUUCAAUGCAUUCUAAGCCCAGUAUUUGCACACUGCAAUAGCACACUUAAAGGAUGUAUAAACAAAUAUUGAAACUGGUUACAAAAAGGAAUUUCGGCGCGUAAAAGUUAGGAUUUAAAAAAAAAAAAAUUUGGCUUCAUGUUUUAUAGCCAGUGGCGUAGCUAGGGGAGGGAGUAGGGGAGGCCCAAAUUUGAAAAUCCCCUCAGAGAAGUCACAGAGUAGUCUUCAGGAUUGUUUGGCGACGAGAUCGACGGAUUCUCUUCAUCAGCGCCUUUUUUUUCAACGCCUAUGCAACAUUUCUUGACUCUUUUUGAAAAUUUUCAUGACCUGGUCUUUGUCACCACCUCAAAGUUGGUGCCAUAGAGUAGAAACCCUAAUUCUGUAUUGUGUAUGUUAAUUCCAUAUUGUGAAUCUUAUUCACAACCCAUGUGGCACUAAGGUGAACACUUUUGACCUUAGGUGAACCAGAGAGUUAAAGGCAGUCAGUCCACAUAGAGAUCUUGUAGCAAGCACUUGUAUUGAGUCACUUAAGAUAUAAACAGUAGAGUUAGAUGUUUAAAGUAGUUGGUUAUAGAAUAAGUACUAAGUUGUGAUAUUCGUAUAUUACUGUUGGAUUAAUACUGACCAUUCCUGGGUCGAAUUGUAUGGUGUAUUCACUAUGUGGUGUUAUAUUAAACUUAUUGUAUCUGCUACACCCAGCAUCAUUUCAUUAUUCCGUGAUUUAUAACAAGAACCCAAUGUCACCACCACGCCUACAUUGAUAACCACAGCCACAUUCAUAACAUAUAAAAUAAUACGGUGACAUUCUUAAAAUCACUC